UCCAAUAAGGGCAUACAGGAUGAACAGCAUGGUGAACCAAGCUAAAUCGGUUGCGAAUGAAGAAAGCAAGGCAGAGUUUGAUGAAAUGAAACGAAAAGAUGUUAUGUAUAGUGCUGAGGAGAAGGGUAACGCCAAGGAGAGAGUUCCACAUAAAAGUUGCUUGUUUGUGAAGGUGAAUAUGGAUGGUGUUGCAAUUGGAAGGAAGGUCGAUCUUAAUGCGCACUCGAGCUACGAGUCGUUAGGGCUAAUGUUGGAGGAUAUGUUCACUAAUGGAGCUGUUGAGAAAUCAAGUGGAGAGGAGCUUACGUUGAUGCCCAAAAUGACGAGACCUUCAAUGUUAUUAGAUGGAUCAUCAGAUUUUGUGCUUACUUAUGAAGAUAAAGAUGGAGACCGGAUGCUUGUUAGAGAUGUUCCUUAGGGGUAUGUUUUCACUUAAGCCAGCGUCUACAUGGAUUUCUGAGGUAUUAUGUUAUGGAUUUUGUUUCUUCCUUUUC